AUGAAAGUUAGACCUUCGCAGCCCACCUGUCCUCUUUUGACAGCGUGUGCACAUACUAGAAGCUCGCGAAAAACGGUCCCCUGGUCCCUUGAAGCUUCCGGCUGCUGUGCAGCUGCUACCAAGGAGCGCACCCAUGCCCCUCGCCCCCCUUCCUUUGUCCCCCAUGAACAUCCGGGUGCUGCAUCUUCUGCAGCUGCUGUGAAGGAGAAUGCCCCAUGCACUUCCCCUCCCCCCUCCCUCAUCCCACCCAGGCCUCACCCCCCUUCCCCCUCCCCCUUUCUCACCUGCGACUUGCCCCCAUGCAGGUCGACGGCGAAUGCACGCGGGCUGCAGGGCGGUGGGCAGAGGAGAAGGUGGGCAGAGGAGAAGGUGGGCACGAAAGAGGAGAAGGUGGGCACGAAAGAGGAGAAGGUGGGCACGAAAGAGGAGAAGGUGGGCACGAAAGAGGAGAAGGUGGGGACGAAAGAGGAGAAGGUGGGCACGAAAGAGGAGAAGGUGGGGACGAAAGAGGAGAAGGUGGGCACGAAAGAGGAGAAGGUGGGGACGAAAGAGGAGAAGGUGGGGACGAAAGAGGAGAAGGUGGGGACGAAAGAGGAGAAGGUGGGGACGAAAGAGGAGAAGGUGGGCACGAAAGAGGAGAAGGUGGGGACGAAAGAGGAGAAGGUGGGGACGAAAGAGGAGAAGGUGGGGACGAAAGAGGAGAAGGUGGGCACGAAAGAGGAGAAGGUGGGGACGAAAGAGGAGAAGGUGGGCACGAAAGAGGAGAAGGUGGGCACGAAAGAGGAGAAGGUGGGGACGAAAGAGGAGAAGGUGGGCACGAAAGAGGAGAAGGUGGGCACGAAAGAGGAGAAGGUGGGCACGAAAGAGGAGAAGGUGGGGACGAAAGAGGAGAAGGUGGGCACGAAAGAGGAGAAGGUGGGGACGAAAGAGCGGAGCAAGUGGAUAGGUCAGGCAGGGAUAGGUAGCUGCUUAGGCAGCUGCUUGUAG